AUGGCCUCAUUGAAAGGGAAAGUUGUUGUUAUCACGGGAGCUGCCUCAGGGAUCGGUCGCGCGACGGCUAAAGCUCUUGCGGCCCACGGUGUCCUCCUCUCACUUGCAGACAUCAACCAAGACAAUUUGUCCCAGGUGGAGGCGGAGCUGCAGGGCGAGGCGGGCGAGGGUGCCAUCUUCACACGCGUGCUCGACAUCCGGUCGCCCGAGGCAUGCCGGGCAUGGAUAAGCGACACGGUGGCGCGUUUCGGACAGCCGAUCGCGGGGGCGGCAAACCUGGCGGGCGUGAUCGGGCGCAGCCUCGGCGAGGAGGCGGGCUCGAUCCGCAACAUUGGCGACGAUGAGUUUGACUGGGUGGUCGGGGUCAACCUCAAGGGCACGCUGAAUUGCCUGCGCGCCGAGCUGCCGCACAUGCUCGAGGGUGCUGGUGGCCGUAACGGUGGCAGCAUCGUCAACGCCGCCAGUAUCGCCGGGCUGCAGGGCGUCCUCAACAACUCUCCCUACGUCGCGGCCAAGCAUGCUGUCGUGGGCCUGACCCGUACCGCCGCCAAGGAGGAAGGCAAGCGCGCCAUUCGUGUCAACGCCAUUGCACCGGGAAUUGUCCAAACGCCUAUGCUGGACGAGAUCAACGCAAUCCAUGGCGGUUCGACCCCAGGAGAUAUCUUCGGUGCUGAUAUCCCGGGAGCCCUGGCGCGUAUUGGAGAUGCCAUGGAGGCUGCCGACGUGGUUGUGUUUCUUCUUGGGUCGCGGAGCAGUUUUGUCAACGGCGUUGUUGUGCCGGUGGAAGGCGGCUGGGUUUGCUGA